AUGUCGGUUUUGGUUAACGGUAGUCCUAAAAAGGAAUUCAAGGUGAAGAGAGGUUUGAGACAAGGAGAUCUGAUCUCUCCUUUUCUUUUUGAUAUUGUGGCGAAAGGAUUAAAGGGCUUAGUUAAUAAAGCGGUGAAAAACGGAGAUUUUGUAGGAUGUCAUCUGAAAGGGAAUUGUUUUAUCGAUAUUCUUCGAUUCGCGGGUGAUAUUUUGUUUGCAGGGGAUGGUAGUUGGAAUCAUCUUUGGGCAAUAAAGUCGGUCUUAAGGGGUUUCGAACUUGUUUCGGAUCUCGGUAUCAAUUUUCACAAGAGAAAACUUGUCGACAUCAAAAGAAUUCCUACCUUCAUGGAUGUAGCCACGACUUUUCUUUCGUGUAGGAGGGAGGAAAAAGAGUUUAUGUUUCUCGGAAUUCCAAUAAGAGCUAACCCUAAAAGGAUAUCUCUUUGGAGCCCGCUUUUGCUUAAACAUGAGAAGAGAUUGUCUAGUUGA